GGGGGAGUCAGCAAGGACAUGGCUCCUGACUCCUGUGCGGAACGUGAGUGACUGAGCGGCAAAGCCCGAAUGGUCUCUAGCGACCGGCCCGUGUCACUGGAGGACGAGGUCUCCCAUAGUAUGAAGGAGAUGAUUGGAGGCUGUUGCGUUUGCUCAGACGAGAGAGGCUGGGCCGAGAACCCGCUGGUUUAUUGCGACGGGCACGGCUGCAGCGUCGCGGUGCAUCAAGCUUGCUAUGGCAUUGUUCAAGUACCCACUGGACCAUGGUUUUGUAGGAAAUGUGAAUCUCAGGAGAGAGCAGCCAGAGUGAGAUGUGAAUUGUGUCCUCAUAAGGAUGGAGCUCUAAAAAGAACAGAUAAUGGGGGUUGGGCUCAUGUGGUUUGUGCCCUGUAUAUUCCAGAGGUACAGUUUGCCAAUGUUUCUACAAUGGAGCCAAUUGUUUUACAGUCUGUUCCACAUGAUCGCUAUAAUAAGACCUGCUACAUUUGUGAUGAACAAGGAAGAGAAAGCAAAGCGGCCACUGGUGCUUGCAUGACUUGUAACAAACAUGGGUGUCGGCAGGCUUUCCAUGUCACGUGUGCUCAGUUUGCCGGACUACUUUGUGAAGAAGAAGGUAAUGGUGCAGAUAAUGUCCAGUACUGUGGCUACUGUAAAUACCACUUUAGUAAGCUGAAAAAGAGCAAACGGGGAUCUAAUAGGUCAUAUGAUCAAAGUUUAAGUGAUUCCUCCUCUCACUCUCAGGAUAAACAUCAUGAGAAAGAGAAAAAAAAAUACAAAGAAAAGGACAAACACAAACAAAAACACAAGAAGCAACCCGAACCAGCACCGGCAUUGGUUCCUUCCUUGACUGUUACUACAGAAAAGACAUACACAAGCACUAGCAACAGCUCGAUACCGGGAACUCUGAAGCGCUUGGAAGAUACCGCAGCUCGGUUUACAAAUGCGAAUUUCCAGGAAGUUUCUGCCCACACAACUAGUGGAAAAGAAGUUUCGGAGGCUAGAGGGUCGGACAGCAAAGGGAAGAAAUCCUCCGCUCACAACUCAGGUCAAAGGGGACGGAAGCCGGGCGCGAGGAACCCAGCCGCCAGCACGUCGGCCGCCAGCCCCUUCCAGCAAGGCAGCUUUUCUGGAACCCCCGGCAGUGUGAAGUCAUCUUCCGGAAGCUCGGUGCAGUCUCCCCAGGAUUUCUUGAGCUUCACAGACUCUGAUCUGCGCAAUGACAGUUAUGCCCACUCCCAGCAGUCAUCGACAACCAAAGAUGUACAUAAAGGAGAGUCCGCGAGUCAGGACGCAGGGGUGAACAGCUUCAGCUCCCUGAUUGGUCUCCCUUCCACCUCGGCUGUCAUCUCGCAGCCUAAGAGCUUUGAGAAUUCACCUGGAGAGCUGGGGAAUUCCAGCCUCCCUACGGCAGGAUAUAAGCGGGGCCCACCCUCUGGCAUAGAAGAAGAAACUGUAAAGGAAAAGAAAAGAAAAGGAAAUAAGCAAAGUAAGCAUGGGCCUGGCCGGCCCAAAGGAAACAAGAGCCAAGAGAAUGUUUCUCAUCUCUCGGUGUCUUCGGCUUCUCCCACUUCGUCCGUGGCCUCGGCUGCCGGGAGCGUGACGAGCUCCAGCCUGCAGAAGUCUCCCACGCUGCUCAGGAACGGGAGCUUGCAGAGCCUCAGCGUCGGCUCCUCCCCAGUUGGCUCAGAGAUUUCCAUGCAGUACCGGCACGAUGGAGCUUGUCCAACAACUACGUUCUCAGAGUUGCUGAAUGCAAUACACAAUGGUAUUUAUAACAGCAGUGAUGUAGCAGUGUCCUUUCCAAAUGUAGUGUCUGGCUCAGGCUCGAGCACUCCUGUCUCCAGCUCACAUUUACCUCAGCAGCCUUCCGGGCACUUGCCGCCCGCGGGAGCCCUCUCCCCAUCCACCGCGGCCGCCGCGGCCCCCGCUGUCGCUACCACUCAGGCAACUCCCCUAUCUGGAUCUUCUCUUAGUCAGGCACCGUCUCAUGUGUAUGGCAAUAGAUUAAAUCCGAAUUCGUCAGUGGCAGCCCUUCUGUCUCAGUCUGAAAACAGUCAGACAGAUCAAGAUCUUGGAGACAAUAGCCGCAGCCUGGUGGGCAGAGGAAGCUCCCCCCGAGGAAGCCUCUCACCACGAUCCCCUGUAAGCAGCUUACAGAUUCGCUAUGAUCAGCCUGGCAACAGCAGUUUGGAAAAUUUGCCUCCAGUAGCAGCAAGUAUCGAGCAGCUUCUGGAGAGGCAGUGGAGUGAAGGACAGCAGUUUUUACUGGAGCAGGGUACGCCUAGUGACAUUUUAGGGAUGCUGAAGACAUUGCACCAACUGCAAGUUGAAAACCGGAGAUUAGAGGAACAGAUUAAGAACCUGACUGCCAAAAAGGAACGCCUUCAGUUACUGAAUGCACAGCUCUCAGUGCCUUUCCCGACCAUAGCGACCAACCCCAGCCCGUCCCAUCAGAUGCACGUGUUUUCAGCACAGACUGCUCCUCCUACGGAUUCCUUGAGUAGCAGUAAAAGCCCCCAUCUAGCAAACAGCUUUUUGCCUGAUAAUUCUCUGCCUGUGUUAAAUCAGGAUUUGACCUCCAGUGGACAGAGCACCAGCAGCUCCUCGGCCCUCUCCACUCCCCCCCCUGCAGGGCAGAGUCCCGCCCAGCCGGGCUCCGGAGUGGCCGCCGUUCAGCAGGUCAAUGGCGUGGCGGUGGGCGCGCUGGCCAGUGGAAUGCAAACUGUAACACCCACCAUUCCUGGAGUGGGUGGAAUGAUUGGCGCUCUGCCAGGUAACCAACUGGCAAUUAAUGGCAUUGUAGGAGCUUUGAAUGGGGUCAUUCAGACGCCUGUUACAAUAUCCCAGAAUCCUACCCCCCUCACCCACACAACUGUACCACCUAAUGCAACACAUCCAAUGCCAGCCACACUGACAAACAGUGCCUCAGGACUAGGAUUACUUUCCGACCAGCAGAGACAAAUAUUUCUCCAUCAACAGCAGUUUCAGCAGUUGCUGAAUUCUCAGCAGCUAACACCAGAGCAACAUCAGGCCCUUCUGUAUCAGCUGAUGCAGCAGCAUCACCACCAGCAGCACCACCAGCCUGAACUGCAGCAGCUGCAGAUCCCUGGACCGACACAGAUACCCAUCAACAACCUGCUCGCAGGGACUCAGGCCCCACCACUGCACCCCGCCAGCUCCAAUCCCUUCCUGACCAUCCACAGCGACAACGCCAGUCAGAAAGUAGCGAGACUUAGUGAUAAAACUGGGCCUGUAGCUCAAGAGAAAAGUUGACCCUGGAGAAGUGUCUGAAACGGCCUCUGCUGCGUCGCCCUUCCCUGGUGCUCGGUGCUCCGGCCACACCUGGAGAGACCAACUGCACAACAAAGAGUUACUCGCCGCAAGGACGUUCUUGUAUGGCUUGGAUUAAUUUCUCGUUGCUUUAUUGCACUGAAAUGAAAUUCCCUUAUCCCCACACCCUUACCACCCAUAUUUUUUUGAACUUUAAAAGAAAAUUUGAUAAGUAACUUUUAUCGAUGAAAUACUUUACAUGCAAUGAGUUCGUCAACCUAAGAGAAAUUUAAUAUAGUUGGUGCACAACUGAAUUUGUUCUGAAUGGGAGAGAUGAAAAGCAAAACUAAAGUCUCAAUCCACUUAUAAACUAUUUGAUUUUAUUGUGCAAGUUGGAAUAUGAGAUAUGAUCUUUUAUUUGGGUUAUAGUAUGCUUGCUCUGACAGUCAAAUCUUGCAUUUUAAGGAACUGCCCGAUCCUACUGGAGGUUUAUUGGUUAAAUAUUGCAAAUAAAUAGGUUGUUAACUGGGACUUGGCAAUCUUUGUUGUAAAAUUUCCUUUUUAAUGGGAUAUGGCCAAUGUUGGUAAUCAAGUAGGAUGGUAAUGUCUGCUUAUGCUAAAUGUAAUUUUUAAAAAAGUGUUAUGACCGACCCAUAUUUUUAAGCAACCUUGAGUUAAAUGAGUUCUAAGGGCUGCUGGGGAGAUCAGUUCAAAGCGGAAGACUUCUUUCAGAAAGGGGGCCACUCUGGGGUCUGCCGGGAGGGUCCGGCCUUGAUCAAGUGCCUGUUAUGUCCAUUGUGUGGAAGCGGCUCUGGCCAGCCGAGCUCACGAGAGUCAGUCCGUGCAGAGGAGGGCGAGUCGCGUGGCGCCAGCAGCCUUCCCCUGCUUCUGCCUUCACUGAAAACUUUCUAUGCCACUGUAGAUAGCUCAGGCAAAUCAGUACCUGGGUGUUUCUCCACUAAUGAGUCACAAGAAAUAGAAGUAGAUUCAGUAGGAAUUGGAACAAACAGUAAGGUUGCUACUGACAGUGCGUCAUCGCUACAGUUCCUGAAAACAGGUGAGAGCCAGGGUCUAGCUCCUCCCGUUCAGGCCGCCACACUCCCGGGGUGACAGAGUGGCAGCAGAGACACGAAACCAUCGGGGACGCAGUCGCUGGACUGUUCUGACACGUGUGAAUUAUUAGUGGAAAAGAUCCAGCUGUGACUAGACCUCCACUGUGUACUUAGCUGGAAGAACAUGUUAAUUCUGCAAUAUGUCUCUUGGUUAAACAUUGCACAGUUCUUACCUCAUUUCUGUAAAUAAGGUUUUGUGAAUCUGUUUUGUAUUGUGAAAAUUCAUAAAUAACAUUGAUAUUUUGAUUUGUAAUAUUUCUAAUUGGUAGAUUUAAUUGAAAAGUAAAAUUAAUUUAUUUUUAUAUGUUCAGGGGAAUUUUAAAGAAAGUCAAAUCUUUUGUAGAUAAUUAAAAAAUCGGUGUGGUUUAUUUUACUUAUUAACCCACUGGUUGUUAUUCUGUAACAAUUUGUAUAAAUGGUAAAUUUUGAAUGUGUUGUUAUUUUACCUAGAUGUAAAAUUCCACAUGUAUUAAAGAAAAUGUACAAAGGUUUUGUUAAUAAAAUUUAAUAAUGUUUAUAA